CACAUGAAAUGCAAGUGCGGCCUGCCUGGUGGAAUCAAAUGUUUUAUAUACACGUCCUACCUUCCGAGCUCUGUCUGUGUUUAUAGCUUCUUCUAAUGGAGUUACAGUUGUUUUCUUUGUAUAUAUAGGUAGUUAUACUUAUUUGCCCAUCUGGUUGCCGGAAUAUAAGGUUUCCGGUCACCGGAGAUUGUGGGUAUGAUAGAUGGCGAAGGGUCGGAAACUAACUACAAGUCGCAGCGAACGAUACUUGGGAAGCUACGGCUAUGGUCAAGGGCAAGGGACGAUCACAGACGUACCAGAACUCGGCGAAGAAGAUGUGUGGUCGGUGGUUGAUGGCAUGGUCAACGGCCAUGAUCAUACAAUCAACGGUUCAUACGGCGAAUGGAGUCCACGAGCCACAACUGACAGUAACGGAAGUGUUAGUAGUGUCAGAAGCAGCCGCCAUGAUUCCCUAGACGAUCAUCGCAGUGUGGGAGGCUUAUCAUUGGCUUUUGAUGACUCCGGCAAUACGGCGUCGCCUAGAAUUUUGCACCAGUUUCAGAAACGUGACACCGCUGUGAUGUCUCCACGUGGACACCAGAUGGCCACAUCAGCACCGGUAAACGUGCCUGAUUGGACAAAAAUUUACCGAGUCAACUCGGUCGGGUCCAUGCACGAGUCGGACAAAGGCGAGGAUGACCCAAACACAGAAAUAGUUCCUCCGCACGAGUAUUUGGCGCGGAGCCGAAAGGCAGCCGCUAACUCGGUUUUCGUGGGUGUGGGCCGGACACUCAAGGGUCGAGAUAUGAGACGGGUUAGAGAUGCAGUUUGGAGUCAAACUGGGUUCAAUGGCUAGUCUUUACUAAAAUUCGAUCCGAUCGUGUUAUGAAUUUUCCUUUCUCAAAUUAAAGGGUAAUUGAUGAGUUUUAUGAUUAAUCAUUGUUAGCUACCUUAAAAAUGAAGAUUUUAUUGUAGUUGUUGGUACUACGAUUUUUGAUGGGCAAUGACUCAGCCGAGUGAACUCAGCCAACUGAGUCCACUUAUUAGCGAUUGAGCCCGAGUAUGAUUCGGUUUCAGGUCUUUUUUGUUUUAAAAAAAUAUAUAUUUCCUCUGUGUUGUAUUGAGUUGGAAUUUAGACAAAAGUUUCUGUGUAUUGCAGUAAUUUCAGUGAAAUGAAUGGUCUCAAGUAAUGGGUGUGUCCAUGAUGAUGGCUUUGAUAUAAUUUUUUUUUUGGGGUAAGCUAUAAUAUUAUUGGAUUACCACAUGCCCAAGUCCUCUUUUUUUGAAGUUUAUUAUUGUUAGUAUUAGAUUAUUCCAACUAUGUGUGCUUUGGAUCUACAACAAUAACAUUAAUUUUGGAUACCCAUAACUUGUUUUUGUUUUGGGCUCAACAGUCAAGAGUGUUUAAGUCAAAUGUAGUUCAUCCCACGUCGGAAUUUUA